AUGCUCUCUAGCCUCAGCACAAAGCUCGCCCUGAAAAAGGUCGGCCUCUCGAGCAACGACUUGGACCUGUCAGCACUUGCCGCGCCGUCCCGGACAAGCACAGGAAAACGCACAGGCACCGGAGAUGAUGCCCAGGGCGGCGCCUGGGGCACAUGGAUGUCGACCACGUCGCUGCCGCUCAAAGUCCACCCUUGGCUGUCUCCGCCGCCGCCUCCGGUGAAGCUGGCGCCGGUGCCUCGGGUCGGACAGGUCGCGCCGCUGGAUCGGCAGAGGAGGCUUCAGCUGGGAGGGAGGACAAGGUGCCUGGUUGUGUUUCUGCGGUGUGUCGGGUGUGCUUUCGCCCAAAAGACGUUCCUCAAGCUCCGCGCAAUAGCAAACCGCCAUGCCGGCUCCAUCACCUGCAUCGCCGUUUCCCACUCGUCCGAACGAGCCACAUACAAAUGGAUCGACCUACUCGGCGGCUCAUGGAACGUCCAGAUGGUCAUCGACCAGGAGCGCUCCAUCUACGCUGCCUGGGGCCUCGGUACGGCAAGCAGUAUCUGGUACGUCCUCAGCCCGUCCACCCAAGUCCAAUCGUGGAAGGAAACGGGCUGGCUGGGGGACCGAGUGGCCGGGGCCAUCCAGCGAAGCAACAGCAGGAGCAAGAGGGAGAUGGCGGGCAGAUAUACGGAGCCCAGAAAGGGGCGUGCAGCUGAGGAGCCGGCGGAGAAUGGCUCGUUGACGGAACUGGGGAGCAAGUGGCAGGAGGCGGGGGCUUUUGCGGUGGACGGGAGGGGGACAGUCGUUUGGGGCGGCAAGGCGGCGAGUGCGGAUGAUGUGAUGGAUUUGGAUGAAGGGGCGAAGUUGUUGAUGCUGUGA